AUGUUUCCAAAAAAUAACGAAGAAUUAGCAAUAAUUCAUGAAAAUCCUUUGUCAUCCCCAAGCUCUCGUCAAAUGGAGCUUGAUACUUUAUUGGCCUUAGCAAAUAAAUUAUUAAAAAAACUCCCAUAUAAACAUAAACUUACGUUAUCUCUCGAAGAGAUACUUGCUCCGCGUGAACAAAAAAAGAACGCAAAAAAUCAACCACGACCACAAAAUAGGUUCAUUUUAUUCCGAAAGGAAUACAUUGCAUACGCGAAAAAGCAAGAUCCUGCUCGAACAAGAUCAAUUUGUAUAAAUGAAAUUUCAAAUGAGGCAAGUCAACAUUGGAAAACAUUGCCACCUCAAGUUAAGCGAUUGUUUACCAUUUUAGCGAAAAUCGCCGAUAAGAGACAUAAAUUGAUGUAUCCAGAUUAUGUCUAUAAACCUCAAAAAAAGGAAAGUAAGCAAACAUCUUCCGAAGAACAAACGUCUUAUGAGAAAAGUAUCUCUUCGAAUCGCGUUAACGAAAUAUUAGAAUUUGAAGAAUAUAUUAAUUAUAACGAAUGCUGUUAUUAA